CUUGUACCUGCAGGGUUAGUCAGGGUAAGGGAGAAGAAGCAGCUCAGGAUCAGAGUGUUGUUGAGCGACCUGCAGUCACGAAACACACUUCAGCUGUUUUUUUGGCAACAGAAAACACAUGUUGGACAUCAAACUUUCUUUGGAAUUCAGUGACUUUGGAGGACAGUGCUUGGACCACCACUUCUCUGGCAGCGAACAAAAUCCAGUCCGUUGCUGAGCAGGAAAAGGCGCAGGAGGGAACCUACAUCCCGUGGACAUCUGAUACUGGUAUUCACUUAAGAGCCAAUAUCGGCUGAGAUGGCUCCUGUUGAUGACGUUGUGGCGUGGGGAGAAUCGCUCGACCAUCUCCUGGAGUGUAAAACAGGCCGGCUGGUGUUUGAGGACUUCUUGAGGACAGAGUACAGUGAGGAGAACCUUCUGUUUUGGCUGGCCUGUGAGGACUACAAGAAAAUUACCAGUGAGGCAGAAAUGAUGGUUGCUGCCCAAAGGAUCUACGCAGAGUUUGUCCAAGUUGAUGCUCCCAGACAGAUAAACAUUGACUGUGUGACGAGAGAAGAAAUCAGUGAAAGUGUCUCUCAGCCGGGGCCAAAUUGCUUCGACAGGGCGCAGAGACUGAUAUACGGUCUGAUGGAAAACGACUGUUAUCCGCGAUUUCUGAAAUCAGAAAUCUACCAAGCCCUCCUGGAACAGCAAUGAAAGCAGCGCGAGGGCAAAAAAAAGCUCGUCCGACGCCUCUCCGAAUGAUUGAUUCUGCACUUCAGCCGACUCUCCUUAGAAUCUCCGUUUGAAACAAGGAAGGCUUGUCUGUCAGAGGGAGAAGUGAAAGGAGAUAUGGAGCUGUAGGUAUGGAGGCUGACAAGAUCUAAAAGCCAAACAUGAUCUAAAUAAUGUAUUACAGUAAGCAGCUUUUGAAGUCACUUUUUGUUUGUAUUGCUUUGUAUUGCAUAAAAAAGGCUUGUAAUUCAGAAUACGGCUGACAUCAAGUUCUGAAAGGUUGUUUGGAAAGACAAGUAUUAUGACUAAAAUGUGCAUAAUUUGUGUAUAAUUUGUACCAUUGAAUUAAUUCUGAACAAGCACGGCCUAUUUAGUCUCUGAAGAGCUCAUGUGCCGUGAACAAAAACUGCCCAGUAUAAUUCUCCAUAUGGUUUUUGAUGCCCCGGUGACUCUUUAAAGCGUGGCAUCAUUUUGGUCUGUUAAAAUCCAAUAAGACUGUUUAUAUGCAUUAUUCCACCUUCUCAUUAUACGUAGCAUUAACAGACAUUCUGUGUGCUGAUAUACAAUCUAAAAACCUGUUAUUAUCUAGUUGCAUUUCAGAAUAAUCAGUUGAGCAGUGUAUUUAGUCUGUGAUCUUCCACCCAUGUAAUUUUGUUUUUGUUGGAUAUACAGUACGUCUCAUAAAAGCACAAUAACGGAAACUUUAAAGCGCCUCGUGCUCCCUGCUCUUAUGUAAGUUAUUUUUCACAGUAAAUGUUGUGUUGGAAA